AUGGAAUCUGGACAACGAAAGUCCAUCGCUUUGACCAAAUUUCAGCAGGCAGGCAGGGCCACGAUUGACAAGGUCAAGAAGCAGAAGUCAGAAGCAGGUUCAAAGCCAAAGCAGCAAGGAUUCGAUGUGGUGCAGAUUGGCAGUCUGCUUUUUGCUGCGUGGAUGGUGCUUUGGAUAGUUGCCGCAUCGGUUAUAUCAGCUGUUUUCUUUGUUCGUUAUAUGGGUAUUGUGUCAGACAAUCAGUCCUGGUAUCUCCAUCAUGGCAGCGCGCGAUGGGCAGCUGCCGAAACAACGGCUGUUCUCCAAGCUGCCAUCGAGGCCAAGGAAGCCCUCAUUGCCUCCAUCUCCUCGGAGCUCAUCAAAACAAACUAUGACUACGCGGCCAUUGAGAGCGCCCUUGCGCCGUCCAUGCUCUUGAAGCCGUUCUUGCGCUCGUUUGACAUGACAUUCUCCGACCGAGAGGCAGGUCUACAUAUCUACCACCAAGUGGAAGAGGGAGGAAGACAGCUGGUGCUUCAGUCCAACGCCGCAGACUGCUACUUGCUUGGAACACAGGGCUGCGCAGAUCUUGGCGUACCUCCGCAAAGUUUUCCUGCGUGGCACACCGAAGCUAUGUUCCUGAACAUGAGCUUCGAAGGCUCGAGUGCAUGCCGCUGUUGA